CUUUGCAUUCUUUGGCUGUGCGGUUUGUAUGGUCGCACGCGAUUGCCCUCAAACGCUCGUGUUUACGUGUUGUUUCUACCGGAAUUCUUGCCGUAAUGUGAUCCCACGAGCAGUGCACCGUGGUUUCGCUCUUCUUCGAGCUCUCUGUUGACGGCGACCAUGGAGCUAGAACGCCGGCUGCCAGCAACGUCCAAUGCAGUCCUGAAGCCGUGUAUGGACAUGAGGCAGCUGUUCGUCGACAACAUCUUUGUCGAAGAUGACAUGCUGUGUUACGAUGCAGGGUCUGAGGGCAACCCUGGCUUGUACGUUGGCGUGGAACCAGCGAGUCCGUCACGAGCCUACUUUGAAGUGGAACUCAUCGGCAUGGGAACGGCCGACCUAGUCUUGGGGUUCCUCUGUCCCAGCGGUACAGGAAUGCACCAGUGGGACUGCGCGCUGUCGCUUGCUUGCCGAGUCAGCCAGGGCAGGCUAUCAGAGUGUGAAAGCUGCAUGCCUGGAGUGGCCUGCAGACCUGGUGACAGGAUUGGCUGCGGCCUCUCGUUUGACCCCAAGGUGCGGUUUCGCAACUGGGGCACCGUUGUCACUUUCUUCAUCACACAUAACGGCAAAGAGGUUGGGAGGUCCACUUCGCUGGUGUCUGGGCGUCUCCAUCCCGCCAUAGUCAUGCGUGAUCCCGGCCAUCAGGUUCGGCUGCUGGGAGAGGGACGGCCCACUUCAUGCUCACUUACCGAAGACGCACUCAUGUGCGUUGACUCGAACGAGGACGAGUGGCUACGGCUACACGACGUCCAUCUCAAUGGGCCCGUGUUGGAGUACUCGGGCCGCGGCACCAGCAUGGUGGACGUCGGCUUGGCUCAGACGCGCAGUCCGCUCAGCACCACAAACCACUAUUUUGAGCUGGAAAUUCUAGACCCUGGAGAAAAGUGCUGCAUUGCCAUUGGCCUCGCCCACAGGGAUUAUCCCAGGUACAGGCAUCCUGGCUGGAACGAAGGGUCCAUUGCCUACCAUGCAGAUGAUGGAAAGAUUUUUGUAGGAAGUGGUGUAGGAUCACGGUUUGGACCCAAGUGCCAGAAAGGAGACAUCAUGGGUUGUGGCAUCCUGUUCCCACGCGAGUACGUGGAGCCCAACGAACCCAACAGAGACGCCAUAGACAAUGAUGACCAGGGCCGGUUGGAAGGGGACGACAACGACGAGUAUGACUUCAUGAAGUACGAUGUAAUUCCACUUGAAGGAACCCUAGUGCAGGUCUUCUUCACACUGAACGGUGUCCACGUUGGUCGGCGAGAGAUGGCCAUGCCCCAGGGCGGUCUCUUUCCGACGGUGGGCAUGCUGAGUCUCAAGGAGAAGGUCAAGGUAGACCUACACCCUCUAACAGGCUGAGAGGGCUGCAACGCCGCACCAGCGACUAACACGCCAAGUGACAGACACUGCGCCCAUUGUACAUUGAGCCAAAGUAUCGCACAUUAUUUUGAACUUACUGUUGGAAGUGAGCAGGUGCUGUUUUAUUUUUUACUGUUCGUGGAUCGGCCGUUUCUCUGGUUCUCCCGUAACAUCCCACAGGUGUGUUGAGCAGUGUGCUUGUUGGCACACGUCAGCAUAGGGGAUGGGCUGGCCGGAGUGGAACGUGCAUAUGACGAAGGAACGAAAUAUGACCCAUUAUUUAGCCGACAGCUGCUGACUGUGGUUAGGGGGUCCUUGACGCAACCUUUGUCUCGAAAAAUUAAAAAGAUAAUCGAAUCAAAACAUAUGACUGUGAUUGCAGCGUCACAGACGUAGGCCUUAGGCUACCGUGCCAAUUUGUAUAUAGCAUAGCAGGGUUCUUGCCGUGGCUAUGAGCCUCGUCAGUGACAAGUGCAAAAGCGACGGCUGACUAAAACCACUUCUAGUGGUACUAUAACAAGAUGUACAGGAAAGAGAUGUAUCAGUCCCUUCAAUAACAGUGCCGUGCAAGUUCUGUGUAGUAGGGAUGUUCAAAACACAGCCUGACAAACGCAGUAAGCUGCUGUGUUUCACGAAUGUAACUUGAAAACUGUAACUAAAAAUAUAACUUUUCCAUCUCUUCAAGCUUCCAUCUUCCCCUGAACUUCCACCACCAAUGUAACUUGAAAUAUCAGAAAUAGUGGAGAGGCAAAGAAGAGUGAUUCGACCUGCUGAAAUUUUCGGUUCAGAUUCUAGUCAUGUGCAUCUGGCCGCUGUCUCCAUUGCGUUUUGAACUAUGCCGCACGACGUUUCCAGGCGUGUGGGAAGUGCGUUAGCACAUUACUGCAUACGAUCAGGGGCCGACUUCCUUCCACACCUAGAAGCGCUAGCGGUUGGUCAAGCCUAGUGCGUAGAAAAACAAAAUUUCACAUUACCAUAACUUGAGCGUCGUACCAGAUACAGCGGUUGGCACUGCAGCUCUGUGUCAAAGAUUACAAGGAGCAGAGGAAUUGGUGUUGCGUUUGCGUAAGUGGAGCAGUCGCAGGCACACGCUCGUUUCCGUCUUUUCUUGAACAAUGAGUUGUUUGUUGCACUAACUCAGGUUCGGAUAGCUUCAAAGCCAGGUAUUUGGCGUGCCAGUCCCCCUUGCAUUUUUAGCGAACGGUGUGGCAAGGAGUGUGCAUUAGCUGUUCCGCUGAGAGUAGCUGUCACUGUGCUGUAGAAAUGUGCCUUUGCUUAUACGCUUGCCAGCCCGCUUGUUUUGAAAGCGUCAUAUGUAAAGCCGGGGUCUAGGGCGCGUUGCGUCUUAAAUUCUUGCUGACGAGCUAUGGUUUGUUAAUUUCGCCAUCUAUGGAACACUUCGUGUCACACUGAACCACUCCAAAUGAAUCACGGAAUGCUACCUUCCCAACGAAACGAUUUAAAAUUCUCUUUCGGAAAAGCCACUGUGUUCAACUGCAAAGGCGUGGAUUUUGCGAGACAUAAUUAAUGACCACUUGACGAAACGUGUCUUGCCUAAGGAACUGCAAGAAUUGUGUACAGAUGACAAAAGGCUCUGGUUGUUCACCCUAUUUUGCUUGUCGAGAGCUAUUUUCAAGACAGCAACGUUGACUGCAAUACCACUCUUCAUACUCCGUGGAGGUUGAUCCUGUUGAAUGUGCUGAGUACUGUCUUGAAAUGUGUGGCUAAUUACCCAGAGUUAAAUUUGCCCCAUCACUCGUUACGGCUGUGAACUUGUGCUUGUAACUGUCUAAUAUGUACUUUAAAGUACAUUUACUUUACAUUGUCUUUGGUGUAUUACCUGCUCUGUAAUUAGAAAAAAAAAAACUAGUGGUUGUAUUAAGAAUGGCUAAGAACUUGCAAGCUUGGUCAAUUUACCUUGCUCAGCUGACUUCCUUUAUUGAUAUACAGUGGCUCACAACAGCAAAAGUUAGCCUGCACCUAUUAAUGUUCAUCUAGAGAAUGCUUUGUGUGUGUGUGUGUAUGCUAUCAUCAGCAAAGUAGCCAAUGCAAGGAUCAGUCCGUAGCAGCCGACAUGCUUCCUUGCUUAUUUUUGCAUCCUGCACACAAGUGCUACAUUACUUGAUUCACGUGUAGGCUCAACUUCUCAACUCUAGUACUGGUCGAACACUAAUGUGAGAGGGAACACUCGAAAUUUUGAACCAUCAAUGAACGAUACGUGAAGCUUCAUAAGCAGAACUUCCCGCACUUGCCCUAACCAAGAUGGCAGCUUUUGAGCUGGUAGCGCUGUUGAAGCUCGCACAAGUGUGUUGAAAAAUUGGACAGUGCAGAGAACAGAGGAUGAGAGAAACGAUGUUAGCAGGCCACAUGUUGAUGCCCUAAAUAUUAUUCUAGCCCGAGGCCUCUUGGUUAGGUCAAACGAGGUGUGUAGAAUGAAGCACAUUGGCAGGUUCUGCAGUCUUGGACAGUUACUGGUAACCACUUCCUUUAUCAUGUAACUUCUAACCUCAACUUGUAACAUCUCGAAUCGAAACGAAGAAAUUUGGCACCAGGAAAUUUCUCCUGCAGUAUUGCAGUGCAGAUGUCAGUAAGCAGCAUUUCAGCUUUCACUUCAAACGCAGAUGUUCCCUUUCAUGCUCAAAAAGUCUGUAUGCUGUUGCUGUAUAAGACAGAGGAUGACAGGAAGCUGUAGACUCUUAGUGACUGGCUCAAGUGAAAUCCCUUCGUCACACCUUUUCGAUCACUUCCUGUGUCGCGUUUCAUUUAUAGUUCGUUCUGCAGUAGCGUUCUGCUGGUAGCAUUGCUUCGCAGCUAAAAAAAAGGAGCUUUCUUUUCGAUGUGCGUGUUUGUCCUUACGCAUGCAUCGUGUUGCAUCUAUGGUUUAUAUACUCGUCCUUGCGUCCAGAUAAAACUGUGCUGCUUGUGUGAUACUAACCUAUAUAAGAUCUGGAUCUGGUUAUGUAUUAUUAUAACAUGGUUCACUUCUAAAAGAGCCAGAGUAGGGGUUAGUUGAUUGUGCGUAGUCGAUACCUGUAUUGCGCUGCGUGAACACAAAGAAAGAUGCACAAAAAGAAUGCACACAAGACGAGCGCACAAGAUGAUCUAUCUACACAAGACGAGCGCGAAUGUCGCGCUCGUCUUGUGCACAUACAUACAUUUGUCUUGUGCGUAUUUCUGUGUGUUCGAGCAGCGCGUUGCAAGUAUCGACUAUAGUUCACUUCAUCCGCAGGCAUAGUGCUGUAGAAAGGCAAUGGCCAGGAUCUCAUCACACAUUCUGGCCAGUCGUCAGUCCCUUUAAGGAAAAAGAAACUUCAUGCCCUCAGCCCUUGGCUCUCAGAGCCAAUGAUAGGGUAAAUGUUUCUUAACAUGGAUUUUCUUCUCGUUUUUUUUUUUUUGCAGUAGUGUAAAGUAGUGUAAAGUAAAGAGGCAGAGUAAUCAGCUAGCCACGUCAGCUAUUAGGUAGUAAGUGGCACUGUCUUGUUAAUAAGCAUCUUCACGUCAUUGCCAAUCACUUCCGAGACACUCCCCUCGUGGGGGAGCAAGGAUACCAGUCUGUCUUGUAAUCUAGUCAUUAUUAUGAAGUCUGGUUGCUGCUUGAAAGGGGCACAGCGCAUGGCCGCCUAGAUUUGUCUUAGCAGUGCUUUUCUGCUUCAUCUAUAAAAUGCUACACUAGUGAUGCGAGCUGCUGAAAUACUUCCGUCAUCUACGAGUACGGCGCCAUCUUGCAGAAUGCCUCUCUCAGUAGCAAUUAAGAGCGCCUGCUUCGCCAGAACCACGUGUGCCUUUUGUAGCUUGUCGCAAGUGAUAAUGCAAGUGUAUUCUCGGGGGGCUGUCACAAGCACUACAUGUUCCUUUUGCGUGUGCAUUGCCACUUGUUCGUUUCUCGUCGGAGGUUGUUCUAUGCAGGUUUUGUAAGUGUCAUGUGCCGCAGGCACUUGUAUGAAUGGGAAGCUCUCUCAAAGCGUGGUGACAAGCAGUGAUAACUGCGAUUUUGUGCAUUUUCUUGUCCGGCCAAUUGAUGCGAUAUGUCUUGCACCCUCGACAGGUCACGCUGUUUAGGCUACGGCAACCUUUUACAGCACCUGCAUUUGUGAUACUGUGAAGAAAUCAAACAAAUGUGAAUGUGCUAUGCAGUGGUGGUGUGAUAUUGGCAUUUUUAAGUUACAGUUGCAAUGUUCAUGCUAACUAGGGCAGCACUGGGUGCAGCAAGACUUUUUUGUGGCUUUCAUUGUGUGCCGCCCAUUAAUCAUGAUCAAAACAUAGCGUGCCGCGUAUCAGGAGCAAAAUGUUUACAGACUGCGUAUGAUAUGAUGUACUGGCUCUAUAUGUUUGUAGUUAUAACGCUGAAAAAGUUAUAUCGCUUAAGUUUUAUACCAAUAACCAGUUUACUACAGAACGCUCAGUGAUAAAGAUUCCUAUGACUCCACUACAGGCAUAGGUAGCCCCUGCAGUGUUCUCUGUCAACUAUGAAACAUAGAGCAUAGGUCUUUCUUUUAUUUUAACACAAAGUUUUCUCUAAGAAAAGUUGUAGUUGGCAAUGCAGAGGUAGGCCUUGCUAGCAUUGGCAAGAGUGUCUCAAAUCAAGCAAGGCUGCAGAUAAAGGAUUGCAAUAGCAGUACCGGUAGCUGCUUUAAAACGCAUACAGCUCUGGUACUUAGUAAGCACAUUGCUGCGGCUGUGCUUCGCAGUUUUGCCGAUAGAUGCUGUGUACAUACAAUGUAUAUAAAUUGGAGCUGAAAUCUGCUCAUACUGCGCCCUUCUUGCGUUCGCGUCAUGUACUUAUUUCAGUGUCCACUUCUAUGAUUUUGUCGUGCACGUCACAUUGUUGGAUGCGGCAUUCAGCUGAAGUUUGUGGCCUCUGCUUUUAAGUAAGCCACGUGGAAGACAUCAUAAAAGCUUCCAUUGUGCAUUGUAAACUUUUAACUAAUUUUAUAUAACUUUAGAUGUAAGCGUGCACGUGCAGGCAUGUCUUAUGUUGAAUCAAUGUGUCAAGGUGUUACAAUAGUCUUUUUUUCUUCAACUGGAAUAUUUUGGGCAAUAGUGAAAACAUUUCAAACACACAGUCGGAAACAGCAUCACAAGCUGUUGCCGAUGGCACUGCGGCUUUAGUGUCUCUGCAUAUUGUUGAUGCUCGCAUCUAGUUUUCAUCAUUGAAACAGUAGUGCGUGUACAGACAUACUGAAAAGUAGGGGUGUGCGAAUGCAAUAUUCGAGACUGAAUCAAAUAGUUUCAGAAGCAUAUAUGGAUAGAAUGUGAAGCAGUUUUCAAAUAAUACCCCGGUCACACUGGCAAGUUUAGUGUCAUUUUGAGCGAGUGCACUUACGCCCCCAGAAUGGCACUUUGGCAGCGCACUGCUACACAAGAAAGGGAAGUGCACUUUGGAAAUGAUUGUAAUGGCGAUGGGUAAUAAAGUAGCACAACAGAUAUUUGUUAUUUCAGGCUAUGUCUUUUAAGCAAUACUGUGUUACAGCUAUAACCAGCCCUUAAAAUAAAAUUUACGCACAAACGCGGCAGCUGCAGCCAUUGCACGGCGUGCGCUGGGCAUGCCCCUGGCAGCCGUGGCUGUAAACUGCCCGAGAACGAGAAUAGCAAAGUAGUUUUUUGUGUUAUAGUAUGUUUUAAUGCAUAAGAAUAUUCCUAAUAAAGAAAACAAUAGUUCAAAAAUGCUAUGAACUGGGUUUUGGAUAAUAACUCAUUUAUUCUUGAGCCACUGCUGUCGAGGCUAGACACUCAGUCUCGGCGAAGUGAGUUUGGCGAACGCACUCGCCGGCAAGUGCGCUUUGCAGCGAGUGUCACUAAACGUUCCCGUGUGACAGCGUGCGAAUGGCACUAGAGGCGAAGUGCACUCCCUCAAAGUGCACUUAAGUUGCCCCGUGUGACAGGGGUAUAACAGCCUUCAUCACAACUUAUGUAAAACAACCUUUGCAUUCUAGUACAUUCAUGUUGGCGGAUUUCUGUCAUCGCAUUAAAUGUCAAGGUGAUGUGUAUCGAAAGCGCGAAUGGAGCCUUGGGAGCAAUUGAGCAGUUUAUUUACCUAUUCAAGGCUCAUCAGAAAGUGUGAUAGCGGUUAAGCCAAGAUAGUCUGGCUCCCUGAAAGCUUGAUCAGUGUUACUUUCUUGUGUUUUAUGUCUGUGCUACUCAAAGGUCAACAGACUCACUCGAAAUCCUUAUGACCCGUCAGUCUUGAGCAAAUUCAACAAGGAAAUUUGUUGAGAUUGAGCGAGCCCAAGCAAGCAACAUCAUUUGUGAACGAGUAAAUUUUGCCAACCUAUGACGCUAAGGUCACCAGGAUUAAAUAUAUAAAUUUGUGCACGAUCACACAGCAUUUGCAAUUUGAAAUGCUCGAAAACUAUUCAAAGACUGAAUCAAAUAGGACCAUAUUCGGUUUAUUACUCCAAGCUUCAGAAUAUUCGCACACCCCUAACCAUAACUCUAAUGCCAACUGUCCUGUUUGUCCACAACUUGUUUAAGAUAUUGCCUAACAUUAAAUGGCUUUUCGUUUAAUGCAUUUUUGAUGAGCGCACUUCAGUUUCUCAUUACUAGCACUAGAACAAAGGUUUUGUGGAUCGUAGCAGCCGUGCUACAAAAUGGCAGCCACUGCAACGUCCAGAUACAUAUGGCAAGGAAGUGAAUGUUAGGCGAUUUAGUUUCAUUUUCUGUUGUCGGUCCACAAAAUUUUUGCUCCAACUAUACGCUUAGUUCCGGCCGUAGCUUGGUGGUGCUGUUAAUUGCUCUGGCAAGACUUAAUUAGCUACAGCAUGUUGUUGACCAGUUAUUAGUUCCAGGAGUAUGCCAAUGUUAUAUUUUCGUUUUGCCAUAUUUUCCUAUUAAAGUGAACUUGAAAGUGUUAA